CUAAAACCCUAGGAGAUUGCUUAUAUAAACACGCCUUCUUCAAUAUUUGGUUCAGCAUUUGCGGCAAGGUCUUCUGUUGCGAAGAUUCUCGGUUUAGUCAGAGAAAGCUGAACGAAGUAGAACAAAGAUGAAGGUGAUUGCUGCAUAUUUGCUCGCUGUGCUGGGAGGGAAUACCACUCCUUCUCAUGGUGAUAUCAGGAAGAUCCUCGGCACUGUGGGAGCUGAUGCUGAAGAUGAAAUGAUUUCUCUUGUUUUGAAACAAGUGGAUGGUAGAGAUGUAACUGAGCUUCUUGCUUCCGGACGGGAGAAGCUGGCCUCUGUUCCUUGUUUCGGUGGUAGUGGUGCUGCUGCUCCUGCUGCCCCUGCCGCAGGUGGUGCUGCUGUCCCAGCUGAGACAAAGAAAGAGGAAAAGGUUAUGGAGAAAGAGGAAUCUGACGAAGAAUUUGGCUUCAGCCUCUUUGACUAGAAGAUUGAGCAAUACUUCAAGCAUUUUCUUCCAAUUAGAAAUCUUUUUGAUUAGUCUAUUACUUCUGUCUUGGAAUUUUAGGUAGUCUGGGAAUUUUGUCAUAGGAUAAUUAUUACAAAGUUUAGAUCUUUAUAUAGUUUCGUAGAUGAAUGGUUAAAUUGUUUGGAAGGCAACAUGUGGAUGAUCAUUUGGUAAUAUCUAAAUCCCAAUUCAGUUCUAUCUGGAA